AGAAGAGAGAGUUCAUUGUCUAAAUCUGUUUUCAUGGCUUCUUCAUGUUGUUUUCCAGACAUAUGGGCAUGGAUUCAUAACCUCCCACCAACUGCUCAGUGGAGAAAAAAAUCUAUGUCCAUAUGCUUAUGUCCCUCAGGAUCAACUCAGCCAACCCUCAAUUUCUCCAUAAUCAACAAUAACCUUCAAAGCCCACUAAUCUCUUUUGCAAUCUUCGCAGAUUUCAAACUUCCAGUUUCCCUCUGGAGCUCCAAAGCUUUUGAGCUCAGCACCAGAACCUCAGUUGUAGUAGAUGAAGGCAUCAUUUCCAGUCUCUUCCGUAAUUUUAUUACUGAUAUCCUAAAGUUUGGUCCUUGCCCGAACACUUCCUUUCUCAGAAUUCCUGCCAUAAAUACCAUUGACAAUUUCAAAGACAUUUUCAAUCUCUCAUUCCUUACUCUCACUCUGUUCAUUUGUAUCUAUGAAGCUCCCCACGAGCUUCGAUCAGGAUGUCUAAACACUCUUAAGAAUCAUUUAACAACCCCACAAUCAAGAGAAGCAUCAAAGCUACUUAUGAGAUUCCUUGGCUCCAACAUAGAAGAGCAAUGGAUGAGGUCUUUAAACCUUUCAAUCACCAACUGGGUCAUAGAGCUCCAGGAGUCCAACCACCUCCUUGUCACACCAUCACCCUUGUUUUCUUACGCGAUUUCAACAGCUGGGCUGUGGAAAGUUCAAUUAUAUUGUCCAGUCAUAGCCAUGAAAAUUGAAAAUUCAAGCAGUUCAUCCAGUGACGAACGGUUGAACUUCUCACUGAAGUACCACCACCUGGAGGGUGUAAUCCAAUUUACUUACAAAGUUGUGGUUCAAGAUAAGUGGGUUGAUGUAAUGGUGAACACAGAUAACAUAAGGUGUGAUGUGAUCCGAUUAGUGUCUGAAACACUAAUGGCAGAGAGAGGAGUUGGAGCAGCUGAGAAGCACUUCCCUUCACGGAUAUCUUUGCAGCUCACUCCAACUUUCCAAACCAGUGUGCUAUCUGUAUCAGUGGGCAAAUCAUCACAAAAUCCAACACAUGAGAUUGGCAUGGAAAAAACAAUAGAAGGUACAUUUGAUGCUCCCAACCAUUUUGGACUCAACAUAUCAGCUGCAGAGAGUAUGACCAUGACCUUAAAGCCGUGGAAGUUUGAACAGUCCGUAAUUGGAGACACAGCAAAUUUGAAUUGGUUCCUCCAUGACGGCACAGAUGGACGAGAAGUCUUCUCUUCAAAGCCCUCAAAGCUUGCAUUGGCUCAACCAAAGGCCUGGUUCAAGAAUCGAUACUCCAAUGCGCAGCGGCCUUUUACUAAGGUGGGAGGAGUUAUUUUUGCAGGAGAUGAGUAUGGAGAGAGUGUGUGGUGGAAGGUGGAUAGAGGAGCGAUUGGAAAGACUAUGGAGUGGGAGAUUAGAGGGAGGAUAUGGCUAACAUAUUGGCCUAAUAAACAUAGAACAUCCUAUAAUGAGACUAGGAGAUUAGAAUUUAAAGAAAUCCUCAAUCUUUACUUAUAGUUGUAUAUAUAUGAGAACCCUAUAUCCACUUGGUUGUUCUAGUGACCUCUACAUCGGUCUCCAGAUCAGUGUUGCAGAAGAAAAGUAUUGUUUCUAUCAUAACUGUACGUAUUGAAUGUGUGUUCUAGAUCUCAAUAAAGA